AUGGAGGUGGUGAUCCGGCGCGCGAACGCGACACACUACGAGCUGGCGACGGGGGUGUUCACGCGGAGCCUCGACGCGGCCAACACGCUGUCCCGGGCGCUGCGGGUGGGCACUGUGUGGGUGAACUGCUACGACGUGUUCGACGCCACCAUCCCAUUCGGCGGCUACAAGAUGAGCGGUGUCGGGCGAGAGAAGGGCAUCUACGCCCUCCGCAACUACCUCAAGACCAAGGCCGUUGUCACGCCCAUCAAGGACCCCGCGUGGCUGUAA